GCGCGCUGCCCGCGGAGCCGCGGUCCGGCCGCUGCCGGCGGAGCUGCGCGGGGCUCCCGCGGUGUUCGGGGCGCUGCUCCGCUCCGGGCGGACGGCUAAGGCGGCACCAUGAAGAGGAGAGCAGGGGAGCGGGAGAAAGAACUGAAGGGAACCUGCAAAUUAUGAUUGUAGAGCAGUUGGUAUUCCUUGCACUGGACUUGUUAAAAUAGCCCUUCUUGAAUUCUAGUUACUGCUGAAACAUUUCCAUUGUAGAAAGGGAAGUAAUACAGCAUGUUAAGCCAGCAAAUAAGAACAAAGAAGAAAAAACUUCUUGAAGAACUUGGGGAGAAUAGACUUCCAUAUCUGACACCAGCCGAUGCUGAUUUCCACCAGCUGUGGAAGACCAAGUAUUCCAAGCUGAUUUUCAAGAAAUCUGAUGCAGUACCUGAAGAGCUCCAUCAAAUGGUGCAAGAAAGCUUUCUGGCCUUGAGAGAACACAACUGUUUCUUUCAAGAUCUUGUAAGGAUCAAAGGAAAAGACUUUCUUACUCCAGUGUCUCGUAUAUUAGUUGGAAACCCAGGAUGCACUUAUAAGUACUUGAACACAAGAUUAUUUACAGUUCCUUGGCCCACAGGAAGUCAUGAUAUAAAAUAUUGCAGUCCUGAAAUACAUGAUGCUUGUAAAGCAUUAAUGAGACUUAAUGACUACUUGCAUAUUGAAACAGUCAAGGCAUUGCAAGGACAAAAUUUGCUUGAAAACAAACAAAUUCAAGAUACUACUGUAAUAGAGAGGAAGGAAAGUUUUGCUACUUCUCUUACAGAGCAAGAGUCUGUUUCAAAAGAUCAAAGCAGUGUUUGUGUACCAGAGGAUGACAGAAGUCUAAAGAACAGAACAUCUUAUAAUUUGACUUUAUUAAAUUAUAUGGAUCCACUACAAAUGCUGUGCUUGAAACAAGAACCUUACUUUGGAAUGGGGAACAUGGCAGUGAGCUGGCACCAUGAUGAGAACCUGGUGGAAAGGUCAGCAGUGGCUGUGUACAGUUACAGCUGUGAAGAUUCAUCUGUACAAGAAGGCAAUGAACAGGAACUGAAGGGGAGAGACCCAGCUGUUUGGCACGUGGGCUUGAAGGUGGCAUGGGACAUAGAGACACCUGGCUUGGCAGUGCCACUUCACCAAGGAGACAUCUACCUGAUGCUUGAUGAUCUCAAUAUGACCCAUCAGCACUGUGUUCUGGCUGGUCUGUCACCUCGGUUCAGCUCCACUCACAGGGUGGCAGAUUCUUCAAGAGGAACGUUGGAAUACAUACUUGGACAGUGUGAACUGGCACUCCAGAAUUUACAGACUGAUUCUGAUUCAAUGGCUUUGUCUUUGAAAUCACUGGAAGCUGCAGUGGUGAAGCAAGUAGAAGAAAUACACAAUGAGGUUGAAUUUGAGUGGCUUAGGCAGUUUUGGUUCCAAGGCAAGAGGUAUUUGAAGUGCACUGAUUGGUGGCUUAAGCCUAUGGCUAAAUUGGAAGAAUUUUGGAGAAAACUGGAGAUUAUGACAAGUCUGGUCCUCUCUGAGGUUAGAAAAGAGCAACAAAUUGAGGAACAAAGGAAUGAGACCAUCAGCUGCUUCCUGCUCCUGCUUAAGGAGAGACAAAAGCUGCGUAAAGAAUGGACAGCAAGAUGCCAGUCAGACGCAGCAGAGAGCUUGCCAGAGGACCAGAGACCAGAAUGCCACCCCUUCUGGACAGAUGAUGAUGAAUGUAAUAUGCCUCUGCCAUACGAUCUAGAAGAAGUAAUUGCUUAUCUACAAAAUCUUGUUCAAUGGAUAGAAUAACAAGAGACCUUCCAGCCUAGAAUUAUUGAUGCUGGUCAUCUGGGGAGAAGCUUUGUCGUUGUCCUAAAUCUUUUCAGCUUUAUCUUGAUUGUAUGUUAUUUUAUGUAUCAAUGCAGAUUUUACCAGUCUUUACACAGUAGCUUAGUUACUGUUUCAUAAUAAAAAAGACCAGCCCCAAAUUUACAGAAGUGUGUGUUUGUAAGGCCUGAAGUCCAGAACACCAGCCUGAAUUCCCUCCUCCUCCACUCUAGUUCCCAUUGACCCUACAGCCCAGAGAUCUCUGUACUUCACAGAAUCACAGACUGGGUCAAGUUUGAAGGGACCACAGUGGGAUCAUCAGGUCCAACCUCCCUCCCAGAGCACAGGCACGGGGUUGUGUCCAGACACUUCUGGAAUGUCCCCAAGUGAGGGAGGCUCCACAGCCUGCACAGAGCAUUUUUCAGAUGAGGAAUUCUGUAGGAGCAUUCUAACAUCGAUCCCAAGACUUUCUUACUGUUUUGCCUCAUGGCAACAGAGUACUACUAAGAGAGAUUUCUGAUAUGAGUCUGUAUCUCCUGGGCUCCCUGGAAUUCAGAAUUCAGUUCCUAAUCACUGCUUUGUUUCUGCAUGUUGUGAAUCCUAUUCUGAGGUCAGGUUUCCCAGUGCAUUGCCUAAAGAGGUGAUGGACCUAAGUAAGACCUUCCAUUUGGGUUGUUUGGUCCCCUGAGAAACUAGAUUUAGAUUGUGUGCUACUGGGUAUUGCAGCAUCAAGUGAGAUCUGUGAGCACAAACCCAAAAACUCUGAGAAACAAAGCAGUUUUUGAUGUUUUGUAGUAACAUGCUAUAAAAAGAACAAUUAUGUGUGGGACGAUACAGAGUUCCCUGAAUGAGACAGAGAAUUUUGAUUAGGUAAAUUGCUAUUUUGUCUGAACUGGUUGGACUGGUGUCCAACUUUGCCACAAAAAAGCAGAAAAUCAUUAUGGUGAAAAAGCACUCAGGCUGUGUUACCAAAGAAGCCAGUAAGGUUCAGAGUUUGACAUUGCCACCAAGAAAUGAAUAUGCCUCCCGUGCUAAUGUGCUGUUUAAAGUCUCUGCUGAGGCUGAGCUCACCCAGAACACACCAGCUUCUGUACUGGCAAAGUGCUGUGUGUGUGGAUGAGGCUUGUACUCCUAAAAUUGUGCUUUUGACAGUAUAACAUAUGCCAGACCUCCCUGGAGUUAAGGAAGCUGUGCCAGUAAAAAUUCAGUUUUAGUGGUAUAAAACUGUGUCCACACCUACCAGCUUUUGCCAGGACAAUUAUUUCAAGUAGAGGUUGUACCUCAUAAGACUUUAGGUAAAGCUGUGCCAGCAAAAGUAUAAAUACUUGAAUCUAGGGUUUCCAUCAUAGUCCUGGGCUUCUGUGAGAACUUUUUGCUAUCCUGUGGAAUGUAAAGACUCUCUGAAGAGUAAGUUAUUACUUAAACUAGGUUUAUAAUAUUACCAUGAUCCACACAUUUAUCUGUUGUCUCUUGUGCCAUAGAUUUCAUAACAUUUGGAAAUACUGCUAUGGGCAUAGCUUUCUCUUCCCUGCACUAGUUAAAGCUGGCUUUACCAGUGGCAUAUUUGGAUUGGUGCCACACUAAACACUGUUUGCUUUGGAGAUCACUUAGAGAAAAGCUAGCUGGAGAUGUGGGAAUUCUGCCUUUGAAAAGGCAGUUCUCAGAAACAGAUAUUGCUUUGGAAAUGAGCAAUAUGAAUUCAGACAAGCUAAUGUUGUAACAGUGGUAGCACAAUGUUUAGGGGGACUGUUUAUUUAUGCUGUUAUGUUACGAUUACUUUGUGUUUAAUUAAGCACUGCUAAAAUCCAUGGGGAUCACACUAUUGAAAGAAAUCUGACCGCCACAAAGGGGAGAGAAGGCACAUCAAUGAUGUAGUUUGUAGCUGAAGUGGAGGCAAAGCUAUUAAAAAAAUGAUUGGAAAAUAAUUAUUUCCAGCAGCAGUAAAAAUAAAACCAAACCAAAACAAUCCCAAAUCUAUUAGGAGACUGCUGGCAGUAAUAACAGAAUUUUUAGAAUACAUGUACCCAGGUCUUGCCUGUGCAUGAAGAUUUAAGGUAGUGAAUUAGCUGAACUAUUAUUAGUCUCAGUGCAGUCAGAUAGCUCUUAUCUAAGCCAUGGUUAUCAUUGGUAUGGAUAAAUGAACACCUUUGGAAUAAGACUGCCAAAAUACCAAUAAUCAAGUGGUUUAGGGCUCAGUGUUGCAUUCCAGUCUUGCAUCAUCUAAAUCAGUAUAACCUGAUUGUGCUCAGUUGAAAUGCAGAAGUAUGAGAAGGUUUCAUAUCUCCAAAGCCCACAGGAGUUGAUAGCAAUAACAUGAGUAAGAUGGUGGAACUGUUUGAAGCACAUAGUAAUGCCAAAGGGUACCCCAAAAGGAGAACACAGUUAAAGGUAAAUAUAUAUAAAAAAUCUGAGAGAUCAACCAUAAAUGAUUGCUGUGUUUGGAUUAUGUGCUAGCAGCUGACAAAUACUUUGAAGAUUUCUUUAUUUUAUUGAAGUAGUUAUAAUUUAGCUUGUUUCAAUGAUUCUUUAGCAAUCCAUUUAUAUUCCAGCAUUAGAUAACCCAUUUCCUUUUUGAAAGAGCUGGAAGACACAGCCUCUAGUUAAUGUUCUGUGUAUAGCAAUUGUUUGCCAAGCCUGGAUGCUUUAGAAGCAUGAAGACCAAGGUCAAGUUUUUUCAAGGAAGAGGUGAGAGCAUAAAUUAACUUUUGACAUUAAAUUCAGUGGCUCUUUUAAAAUGGUGAAGUUCACGAUUUUGCUUACAUUUACUUUUCAUCAGCCAGGACUGAAUUGAGGUAAAAUAGUUCCCUUGCACGUGUGUGUCAGGCUAAAUGGAUUGCAGAAGAUACAGAUCUGUUUGCCUGUCUGCACUUGCCUUUAGACAAUAUUCAUCAAUUUUACAAAAGCUACUGACUAAACAUGGAACCGGUACAAAUGAAAUGCUCAAGGCAAGGGCUUUCUUUUAUAAAUCUGAUACAGAGUUGGUUUUACACUGAUAGAAAGAAAAUGUUGGCAGAAAAUGAAAAACUUCUAUUGUUUCUGUAAUUUUGGGGAUGAAAGAUACAGACUGUUUUAAAGUAUUUGAUAGAAAACUGCUGUGUUAUGCAACGUAAUUAGAGAUGUUUUUAUAAUGCUUUGUUCAUAUCCGUGUAUAUGAAAAUAUUUUAUCCCAUAGGUCUUUUCUUCUCUUGAAAAGGUUAUGUAAAUAAAUAAAAUUAAUCUCAAUA